GCACUGAGUCAACUGGCGGAACAGCGGGCAUCGAGUCAACUGGCGGAACUGCGGGCACCGAGUCGUCUGGCAAGACUGCGGGCACCGAGUCGUCUGGCAAGACUGCGGGCACCGAGUCGUCUGGCAAGACUGCGGGCACCGAGUCGUCUGGCAAGACUGCGGGCACCGAGUCGUCUGGCAAGACUGCGGGCACCAAGUCAUCUGGCAAGACUGCGGGCACCGAGUCAUCUGGCAAGACUGCGGGCAUCAAGUCAACUGGCGGAACAGCGGGCACCGAGUCAGAGGCUUCAGGCUGAG